AAUGAACGUGCCGCGUCAUCACCUAACCCCCGCCCCCGCCAUUGAUUUGUUUGAGAACCGCUGAUCAGAAGUCAGCGUGCGUCUUCUGAAUGUGGAGCUAACAGCAAGGAGAGGAUUUCCAGGAGAACCGAUUCACAGUCAGGCGGAGGAAGACUGGGAGGCUUUUAUGUGUUGUCACGAUACAGACUUCCUCCAAAAAGGGGCAAAAAGUAAACAGAAAUCGAGGUCGCGGUUAGUCGCUAAUGGCAACAGGGAUGAGGAAGUGCUGCCAGCUAACUAACGUCGCCUCAGUCUACGGCUGUCCUCCUGAAACAAAACAAGGCUUUGAUUUUUAGAAACCUCGAGGCACAUUCGUUGAAAAGACGGACAACAUGGAGAUGUUGUGUUUCCGCUUACCAAGCCAUGGGGACACGACCCUCAAGCACAUGAACACACUGAGGUCCCGCCAGCACUUCUGUGACGUCACCAUCGUGGCCAGCAACAACCAGACAUUCAGAGGUCAUAAGGUGGUGCUGGCUGCCUGCUCGCCCUUCUUAAGGGACCAGUUUCUCCUCAACCCGUCCUCCAAGCUUCAGGUGUCACUGCUCUACAGCUCAACAGUGGUGUGUGAUCUGCUUCUGUCUUGCUACACUGGCAUCCUGCAGUUUAACCCGGAGGAGAUUGUCAACUACCUUACCGCUGCUAGCUACCUGCAGAUGGAGCACAUUGUGGAGCGCUGCCGUGGAGCUCUGAAGAAAUAUGUACAGCUUAAAAACCCAAACUCACCAAAGACAACUACAGAUGAAAGCCUGUCCCGACCAGUGAUUGUAAGCGGGAGCCUUCAUUCCUUUCCGUCUGAGUCUCCUCCCUUGAACCAAUGCUCUCCUGUGGAACCACACAGUCCUGUAGUCUGCUCAGUGGAGGAGAAAAGUCAUAUUGUGUCUGCUCAGGGUGGCAGUCAGAACAAUGAUGACAGCCCCAUGCUGGAGGAGGCUUGUAUUAAGGUGAAUGGAUCAGAUGAGGAGGAGGAGGCCAGACAGGAGGACUACAAUGUGUUCAAAGUGUACGUCUCUGAAGAAGAGCAGCUGAACAGAGAGGGAGACGAGGAGAGAGGAGCUCCCUCUGAUGGAGCUCAGGAGGGGUGUUACCCAGAGACAGACGGUGUUGUGAUUGGCGGAGAGAGCGGAGAAUUUGACUUAAAUCCAACAGAAGAUGAAGUUGGUUUUGGGGAAAUUUCCGUGGAGGGGCUACGUACUUUUAGGCGCCGGCUCUCUGACCCUACAAUUGGCCGUGGCAGAGGUAAAGGCAGGGGGCGGGGUUUUAAGAGGAAAAGGUGGAUGACAUCACUGGAGAAAAGAGCUCCUAGCGUGAGCCAGCAGCAGGAGCUGUGGUAUCUUGCAGGGAUGGGAGGAAGUUUAGGGCUUGACUUCAGCCAGGAUGGGCUUAAAAGAGGAGGCUAUGUUGCUGUUGAACUCCCACAGUUAGACUUUGGCAUGAGUGACAAUCAGGGAGAGAAGCUGUCACCAAUGGGUGCCAACAGUUUGAGUCAUUAUGCCCUGGAAGAGUCCGGUGCAGGAGAGGGGAGCUCAGGAAUGACAGCUGUAGGAGCGAACGAAGGAGGAGACGAGUCUGUGGCUGUGGUGGGAUCCACUUCAAGCGUCGCUGGGCCUGUGAUCUGUGAGCAUUGUGGCAUGACGUUCCCCUCUCCUCACUCCCUUGCCCUCCACACCCGCUCCACCCACCUGCUAUAUGCCUGCCCUUGCUGUGGAAAACACUUCCACCAUGCUGCCAACCUCACCCGACACAUGGCUGUGCACAGAGGUGGCGGCAAAUCCCACCAGUGCCCCCUCUGCUACAAGACAUUCACACAGAAAUCCACACUGAUAGACCACAUGAACCUCCACAGCGGCGAGCGGCCACACCACUGCGCCUACUGCCAUGCCCGCUUCGCCCACAAGCCAGCUUUACGGCGUCACCUGAAGGAGCAGCAUGGCAAAACCACCGGGCAGAACUCACUGCAUGAGCAGGAAGAGAGGGAGAGAGCGAGAGGAGCCGCUGGAGCAAUACGAGAGGAAGAGCAAGAAUGUUUGGUGACGGAGCAAGUGUCUUAGACCAAAGUAUUACAGAUCAGAAACACUAUUACAGUGAUAAGCUGUCAUGGGCAGAUCUCAGACUGACAGGUCAAAAUGUCCACAUGGUUAUCAAGGAAGGGCUUGCCAAGCCGUUUUCACUCAUACGCUCCUGAAAAUUUCUAGGAAUUGGCUGCCUUUGAAAUCUUCCUGAAAUGCUUGUUCACAUAUUUUCCUCACAGCAGGAAGUUUCCCUUGGAAGGGGAGUCUCAGAAGAUGAGUAAUGACCUAAAAUGUUGUGCCAAAAUAGCAGACUUGCAACAAAGACUGGUGCUAUAAUGGGUUAUUGCCCUUAUAUCCAUGCUACAUGUGAUUAGACAUAUCCAUAAAAUCUAUAAAGCAGAAAACAAAAUGAAACAGCUGCAUUUUGAGCAUUAAGAUCCUGAAAAUUUCCCCAAAAUUCAGUGCAAACAGCAUGUGUGAACACAAUCAGACACGUUCUAACCAUCAUCACCCCAUACACAUCCUCUUUUUGGUUAACGUUCCAAAAUAUUUCAUGCUGCAUCCACACAUCAGCUCAUCAAGACCUCUUGUGAAAAUUUUACUAGCAGGCUGGCAGAUAAAAUCUUUUAUAAAGUUAUGGAUAAAAUUAUCCUUUUGUGUUCACACAUGCAGAAAUGUUGAGGAAAUUUUCCAAGACAGUCUGGUUGCACUGUACAUUUCUGACGUCCACUCUCAUGGACUGUUCAUCUGAGAUACAAUCUCUUUCAGAAUGGAAGUGUUGUAGUUUGCUGGUCCGACGUGUUUUCCAGUUUUAGUUAAAAAAAAUCAUCCAUCUAUAAACAAAGUCUGGCUGUGAUAUUCAUGAAAUAACCACAUUAGAAACAUUACAGACACAGCAACAUUUAAAUGAACAGAGAAACAGAUUAGAGGUCUGAUUAGAUUAAACUUGGUAUGCACCUGUUUUAGAAGUAGUUACACGUACAGUGGCUCACUUCAGCAUCAUUAGCUUUAACUAAAGCUAACAUAGCUGUGCUAGCUGCGUUAUUAAUGAUUCUACUUAAGCAAAUGUAGCCAAGUCAGCUUUAGCAUAAGCUUUAGCAAAUGUAGAAAAGCUAACAAAGCUACGUAGUUUACGUAGCUGCUUUGUAAGCGUAGCUUUUGCUACAUAGCUACAUUAUCUACAUAUGUUACACAUCUAACUGAGCUACGUAAACCAUGCUUGAUGUUUUAAAAUGUUUUCAUGGAGGAUGAGCUUUUUCCCCUGUAAGAAGACUGUUUAAUCUGCUUUAUUAUACGUUUUGUAAUUAGAUUUUGCAGGGCAGGCUUUUAACUUCUGGUAUUUUAUCAUUACCCUAACCCUAAGCAGAAGUUUAAUCCUUGUUUUUUUUUUUUCUUUUUGUUUUUUUUUCUUUUGAAAAGUUUUAAUGUGCAUUUCUGUUCUGACAGUGAUGGAGUCUAGGAUGAAUUCUGUGAGUGUGGCUGUCAGAGAUGUAUGGUCUGCAGACAGACCCCUGUCAAAUUUUCUGUGUGUUUAUGCAUGUGUGAAUAAGGCUUCAGAGGACUUUUAAAUCUUUAAUGUGGGAAUAUACCUUUUCAUGUAAAAUUAUGUUUUUGCAUGAAUAUAUGCAUCACUUGUGAUGGCGUAGGGUUAAAAAUACUGUUAGUACUGUAUUUAACCCUCGGUAUAGGAGACGUUUGAGCAAAGCAGGAAAAUCAAAGGGGUUACCAAAAACUGUAUUGUUGACUCUGCUGUAUUCAGCCGUGACAGUGAGAACACUAUACAGUAAGGAGCCUGAAUAGCUAAAUGGAGUUCAGACCUCGUUAUUUUGAUAACUACUCCUGUGCGUCUCUCACUGCGUUAGUGUUUCGAAUAACAGAGAACUGUAUUCUACAGGUGAGCUCAGUUUGAUCCUGGAAGUCAGAAAUUCCAAGAUGCCAGUUGGAUCAGGAGUGGAAAGAGUACGGAACUACGGUGCUAAAGUAAAAAUGAAUUUUAAAAGUAGAAGAACUGGCCAAUAAAUAUACCCAAGUGAAAGUAAAAUGUGUUUAAAGUUUACUUUAAGUACUGAGUAGCUACUGAGGAGUUGUACAGUAAAAUAUCAGUCCUUAUUGGCAAUGACAACAGGGGAAUAUGGAUCUCCAACAAGAUUAUUCAGGUAGUUGCACCUUUAUGAUGAAGUAAAAUCCAGUAGUUCUUAUGAGAUGAGAUGUAGAAUCAAUCUCUUGCUAUGUGCAACCGACUGUCAUGUGCUGUCACUUACCAGCCAGUUUUAUAUCAUUGACAGAAAGCUAGAACCUUGUUUUAACUUUUAGUCUUUGUUUUUUCACUCCAUACUUGAUGUUUUUAAAAAGUACAAUACUUCCCCAAAAUACAAUUAAGUAAAAGUUAACUACUGAUUUCAAAAUGUACUCAAAAAAGUACAAGUACACAAAUAAAGCCACUUAAUUAUUGCAAUUUGAGUAAAUGUUAUUAGUCACUUUCCACCCCUAAGUCAAGUCAUAACCUCAGAGUCCUGAGUUACCAACUCAUACCCCAUCAACUGGGAAUUAAUAUUCCACGCUGUGACAUCCGACUUUCAAGGCUAAUGGAAACACUGUUUGGCUAUGCCAGUGUCUUCGGCAUCUUUUGGAAGAAACAUUUUAAGGCAAGUUGCACCAUAGCGGCACAACAAAGGCUGUUACAUUUUUCAGUUGCCUUCAAAUGCAGCCUACAAAUCCCUAUGUCUUUCCAAGGCCAUUAAGGAUCCAUUGGGUUCCUCUUUCAUGGCUUCAUGCCCCAAGAUUCACUGUGUGCCAAUUAAAACAAAAUGGUGGACUCUUAAGUAGGUAAGUAAUACACUUUAAAUGUAAGAAAUUUGCUACUUAUACUCCAGUCCAGGGAACAGGAGCGGCACUUAGCAAUGAAAGGGUUCGGCCAGAGAUAGAAUGAUCUGUUGACCUGACAGUUUAGUUUCAGUUCAUCUUGAGCAGAAGGUGUAGGCUGGGUUAUUGUGAUUACUGCCAUACAGAGCCUGAGACUGAAGCUUAAUGGAAUUCAGCUUUUUACCUUGGCUUUUUUUUUUUUAAUGCCUGUGCUUCUCACACUGUGAUUUAGACCUGCCAUUUUUGUGUCCUUAAAUGGUUCGAUUAGUUUUAACUGAGAAUUUGAAUAUCAAAGUUGAAAGUGUGUAGUAUGUGUUGAGUGUGAUGACUGGUUACUGUUUAAAGAAAAGAUGAUGUAAAUAAAAGAACUGGAAGCUUUCAA